AGUUGACCCUUUGGCUGUGUUCCUGAACAACGUCACUGGAUAUUUUCAAUUUCGUUUGAAUGGAUCUAUAUUAAUGAAUUUUACAAGAGAAUUCACACGCAAGAAAUGCAGAUGUAUGUUGGAGGUUACUGACAUAAGAAUAACAGAUUUAUCGCAAUUCUAUACUGAAACUAUUUCGUUCGAUGGUCAAACCCUCAAGUUUUCUAUGACUUUCUUAGAAGUAACUAUGACAACUAUAGGGACGUUGAGACGAGAAAGGAAACAAGGAUGGGGUAGGGAGUAUGUAGUGGGAGUUCAAACUCGCGCAACACAGUUGACGAUUGACGUAUGCAUCAUCAUUGAUAAAGCAGCUUGUGGGAUGACCGUUGUUGAGUUGAGGAUGAGCUUCAUUGGUUCAAUGACGACAGUUGUUGAACUGGAAGAAUGCUGCUGUAAAACAAGAAUGGCUGAUAUCAUCGAAACAUACCUACAGUAUAUUAUAUAUUUUUGUGAUACUAUAAACAACCUGAUAUACCUGCUUCAAGGAGUUCUGAGAUACAUCACCAUAUCAUAUGAACUUCAGGUUAUAUUACAAUGCAAUCAAACAAGAACAGCAACCUCAACACUCAAUCACAGGUCAGCUAACCCCUGCAAUAACUGCAAUAAGACAAUCAUCGUCGACGAAACGAACUUCCCAGUGGCUGGCACGACCUACAAGUACUGGGCGUCGCAAAAUUAUCCUAAUAAUUACCCAGACGGCUGCUAUUGUUGCCUCAACAUUCAGCUGAUAAAGCUAGGUUUCGUCUUCAUAACCUUCAACAGUGGAGAUGCUAUUCACCAAGUUGGAAACUGCAAUUACGACAAAUUGCAGUUCUUCGGAGACUACUCGACUCUCAUCACGGUGUGUGACAGUGACAUGAGCGUCCACACGAAUUUCUUAACCAAGGUUAAUCCCAAUGAGAAAAUAACCGGGUUGGUCUGCUUCACGUCAGACCCAGGCGAUGGCAACACUGUGGCUAAAGGAUUCAACAUGACUAUAGAAAUCCAAACCUUCCUCAAACGAGACUCCAUGGAACGCGCCCUCCAUGAUAGAUUCACUUCGAAGGGCCUCGGCUUGGGCCAGAUUCUCCCUUCCGACGGCGACAAGGACAACUAAUCAAAUGUCAUUUGGGAUCUUCCCACACAAGAGGAGAUCCUAGAUUAGUUAUGACUUUCUACUUUUUAUCUCUUUCUUUCUCCUCUUCAUCUCUUUCUUUCUUCUCUUCUUCUCCUUCUACUUCUUCUUCUUCUUCUUAGAUUAUUCUUGACGCAUUUUGCUGCGUCGUGACGUCAAGAGAUUCCUGUUGGUAAUGUAAGACUUCUGAAAAAACGCUUGAUGGCAACAUCACUAUUAAAUCUUUUCUAUAAUUUAUUGCAACACACACCUGACACACAUCUACGAACACACAUCAUGCAAAAUAACUAAUUCCAAAUCACGCAAGGAGACAUAAUUAUAAUUAUGAAGAUGUAAUGCCUCUCAUCCACUUGGGUUGUGUGAAGGUGUGAAGGCUGCGGAUGGCAUUAAAAUAAAGCUAAGGAUAUUGUUACAAUACACGAAGCACUAGCAGCUCUUCUUCUUCUUCUUCUUCUUCACCUCCACCUCCACCUCCACCUUCACCUUCACCACAACUCCUCCUCCUCCUCCCCUUCUUCCUCUUCUUCUUCAUCUUAAAAUUUUGGAAGAUCCUAAAGCCUGCCACUAACGUUCAUUUAUGCCUGUGCAGUUACAACUGAACCUACACAGUUUUUCUAGCCUGCGCAGGCGGCUUGAGUAAAAAUAGCUUAUCUCAAUCAAUGAGCCUCAGGCCAAACGGCUGCGCAUGCGAACUGCAACGUCAAUGUGGUGGAGGCAACUUUUUUUUUCUUUUUUUAGCUCUGUUCAUUGUCUGUCCGCGGACAGAUAACUUAUACCAAUCAAGAACACUGAGUUGGGCUUUGUUGAAUUGAAAAGUGUUUGUGCCUAAAUUGAUCAUAUAUUGGAUUUACUUGUGUUUUUAAUAACUGAUAUGGUUGUCAAAUAAAAUAUUGUGUAAAGUGGCAGCAUCAUUCCUGAAUGUCUUGUAGAUUUCAUUGGAACCUUUUAUAUGAGUGAGACUUUGCUCUGCCAUAUAAAAUCCAAAGGCUUUCGUAGCAGAUCAAGCCUAUGUAUGUUUAUUCGUGGUUAUAUACCAUAUAUGCGAGUCAGGUUUUCAGUGAGAAUAAAUAUUCAUUGUGACAAAAUAAUGUAAUGUAAGAAUAGGCCUAUAUGCGUCCAUUCAAGAUUAUGCACCAUUUAUGUAAUUCAUUUCUAAAAUGAGAGCGAAAUAAUAUUCUACUUUCUGAUGAAACAAAAUCAAACAACGUUGGACUAUGUAUGUUUAUCCAAUGCUUUCAUUCCACGUCAAUUCGUUUUCAAAUGAAAUUAGACUAAUCAACAGACUAUGAAACACGAGAGACAAUGAAUAAACUAUGGGUUUUCACUCGUUGUAACACGUCUUAAAGUCUUUUCAUUCAUUGUAACACGUCUUAAAGUCUUUUCAUUCAUUGUAACACGUCUUACAGUCAAUGUUAAAAUC